AUGAAUGGCGUAUUCGCCGCCUUGAAGCAUCAUGGAGGCGAAGCCUUGCAUAACUGGUUGGGCUUGGACAUGGAGGUAGCGAAGCAUGGCGUCACUUUUCCAGCGUCCAAUGAGUUGGAUGGUGUCGCGAUCGACGUUGGAGCAGAAAAGGGCCAUGGCACCGCCCGCACGAAGGGAGCGGGUGCUAACGUCGGAAGGAAGGAAACCGAGGUCGGCGCCGCAGGCGGCUGUAGCUUGGUGUAUUGUAGUGGUGAUGUCGGCCGAUUUUACGGAGUAAUGGCGGCCGUUUUGGAAAUAGGUUGCAAUGAUGGUGUGCAUGUUUGCAGUAUGUUGUCGGAGAUGGAGGAUACGGCGGAUCAUGGAGCGGACGGGGCAGAGGACAUCAUGUCCGCUCCGACCGUGACAGAUGACUUCGCCACGGACACCAUUCUUUUGCGUGGUGAAUGUAAGGGCAACACUGGUGGCAGCCCAUAA